GUAAAUUAUCGGGUAAGGUAAACUAGCAUAAGGUUAUAUAUGGUUACAAUUCGCCGCAUAUUCAAUUAUAUCAAUGCACAGUAAAAUCCCCCCUAGGAAGGCCUGCUACAAAAAGCAAGCAUCAUCAUCGCCAUCUCACGCUUCUUCUUGAUUUCCCCUCCCAAUCUCAGACUAUCAGAUCUCUACAAUGAGCGCCGUAAGAUCCACUGCCCGAACCGCACUUACGCGGUCUACCCGCGUCGCUCGUGCGCCUUGCCCUGCACGCGUUCGUUACCAGUCUUCAUCCUCCUCCUCAACAUCGAGCAAUGCAGCUGGUGGCCACAGCUCUAAUAUCGCUGCUGGCGCAGCUGGUGGUCUGGCUGCCGGUCUAGCUCUAUACGGUGUCUUUCUCCUAUCACCAUCGGGCAAAAUGCAUCAGACCAUUAACAAAGGUGCGAAGGAGGUUCACCAAAAAUAUAACGAAGCUGCCAAGAAACUUCGAGGUCAGACACCUAAUGUAGACGAAUCAAUCCAGUAUAUGAAGGAAUUCGCCUAUUCCUAUGUGUCAUGGGUACCUGGUGGAAGGCACUAUGUCGACACAGUAUUCAAGGACGUUGAGACAUUAAAAGAGAACCAUCGUGAAGAGGUCAACCAGAUUGUCAGCGAUGCCUACAAGCAAUUUCAAGACUUGGCCAAAUCGGGUCUAAGCUUAGAAACAGCAUCUAAGGCGUACAAUAUCCUAGCGGAUUUGUCAAAGAAGUUUGGCAAGUUAGCUGGCAGUGCGCUGACCGAUAUCCUGGAUAACCACCCUCAAGCGAAAGAGAAGUUUGGCGGAAGCAUCGACCAGUUGAAGCAAAUGGGCGAGAACUACGGCCCCGAAGCAAAGAAGCAGGUCGACCAGACAUGGAAUGAAGUAAGCGAGAUAUUAGGCGGAGGUGUCAGCACAGCCAAUUUGGACAAGGUGCGACGCUUAAUUGAGGAGAAGAUUCAGCAAGUGAGAAAACUUGGCGACGAAGCCUGGAAAAAAGGUCUGGAAGAGGCAAAGCCAUUCCUUGAGAAAAACCCCAAGGUUAAGGAACUCGUUGAGAAGAACGCAGAUGCCUUGAAGCAGGGUAACGCAAAGGAGCUCUUUGACCAGGCGAAGAAAGCCGUUGAGUCAGGCAACACAGGUGCGCUCGAGGACUACGUGAACAAGGCCAAGUCGAAAAGCGAGAAGGCAGCAGGCAGCCUCGGCAUCGACCAGUAUUUUAAGAUGAUUCCCAGCGGCUCGGAGAUCCUGGAGAAGGUCAACCAGUUAAGAGAGGUUGCUGAGAAGCACAGGGACGAGGGUGAGAAGCUGUUGAAGGAGACGAUGGAAGAGCUGAAGCAAGUCUUGGAGAAGAAGUCGGAAAAAGCGAAAGACAUCGCUGACAAGGCGAAGAAAGAUGCAAAUUAAUGCGCUUAAAAAAUUAUUUCCAGAACUGUUCGUCCUACUCGAGACAUUGUUCUUGUUGCAGUUUUGAUACCUCAAACUGGAUUGUAUUUCUAGUCAUCCUAAACCUUGCACUUGUACUUCAUAUCAACGAAUAAU